AAAUUGGAGGAAAGUCCAGUGUUGAGGAUUAAAAAGACAGCAGGAAGAAGAGCAUCCAGAACAUAUCAGAUUAAUAAUGAACCAAAGCAUAGUGAGAAUAAGGAAAAUAAUAUUCAGGAGUUUGAUUUUACUGCAGAUUUUAAAGAAACGAAUGAUCAAUCUUGUAAUUCAGAAGAUAUGCCUGUUAGUGAGUCAAGAGAGUCAGAUGUUGAAAGUACCUCAGCUUUCAAAGGUGAAAUAGAAAUGAAUUAUGGAUCAGGCAAGAAAGAUAGCAUGGAAGUUAGCUUUGCAGAUGGCUUCAAUUACCCAUUUGAACAAAACAUGUUGUUCAGUGCUCUUGGCUUAGUUGAGAGGCAUAGUUCAAGUACCUGUAAGCCCCACGACACUUCUCCCUCCCAUAUUGCUCACAGAACAAGAAAUAUAACGGCUUAUUUCAGAAGAAUGCAAGAGUGCCAAGUAGUGCUAGAAGACUGUCACAAGAUGAAGAAAAACAAAAUGUGCUUAGAGCAUGAUAUACCUAAAGUUGAUCAGGUUGAAAAAGGGAAAUCAAGUCCAGAGAGUGAAACAGAAACCUCAUAUGCAAAUCUAUUUAGUCCAGUACUUGACUUCAAUUUUGAAGGUUUUCUCACCACGGAUAUAGACAUUGGUGAUGACUUUGUCAUGUCUGAUUUAGAAUUUGGGGAAGAACUAAGAUAUCCAGAUAAUCCUGAGAAUUUAGUUCAAACAGCAGAAAGACAAGAUGGUAACUUAGAGACUCAUGACUCAGUGCCUCAUAAUGUAAAUAUCCAAGAACUCACAAAAAUACAAAAUGAAGUAGCAGAUGCCAAUAUACUCCAUUCUGAUGAAGACAGUCAGAAAUUUGUAUUUGAAAAGGACACUGAAAUUAAUGAACUUCAGAAGGGAGAUAUAUUACAGAAAAAAGCAAAUGAAUGUAAUCCUGAAGCGGUCAGGGAACCUGCUCUGCUAAUCACUGAUAAAAGAGAAACGUGUUCUACCAGUGAUAAUUCUCUCCCAGGUUUGAAUAAAGACCCAAAUAAGAGAAGGAGGUUCACCACUAAUAAAAAUGAUGUAGUCAAGAAUAGGUGUCUUAUCUGUGGAAAGUCAUGUUUUACAAAAGCAAAAUUGAAGAGACAUACUGCCAAACACCAUGAAAAUGAAGAUCAGUUGAUGGUACAAGAUGAAAUUUCAUGCAGCAGCAGGAGUUCAUUAUCAGAAAUCAAUGGAAAAGAAUGUUAUGAAUUAGAAACUGACAGAUUGAUACUUCAUAGCCCAGAACUCAUAACAGCAUCAAAACAUGGAGAGAAUUCUGAAGACCUAACCAGAUAUUCAAGUUGGAAACAAAUUGAUGAUGAUGUUGCAGAUAUUAUUAAUUUAGAUCCUAAAUGUGAAGAGGAAUCUUGCUCACAGCAAGUGCACACAGAAAAAAUAAAAGAAAAUGCAAGAACAGAUAAUAUGAAUUCAGUUAUUGAUAUCAGCAUUUGCGAAACAAUCCAAACAGACAUGAAUCCCUUAAAAGAGCAAACUUUGGUGACUGAAGAUCAUUCUUUAAUUGAACCACUUGUUACAGAUAGUAGGAAAGAAAUUUUCAAAGUGUCAGACAGUAAAACAAGAACUUUAACUUCAGAGGUGACCAAUGAUAAUGCAGAAUUCCCCACUCCAAAGAAACUACCAAAGAGAAAGUUGAGAAAUACUGUUAAAGAUAAUCAGUCACUAAAUAAACAGUUAAGAGUAUUACCACAACACCUCAAUAGCAAGGAAGAAACUAUAUUGAAAGGCAAAGGGGAUGUGAAAAUUAAAGCAGUUGAACAUACGACAGAUAGUAAGCAUCAUUUUCGCCACAGUUAUGAAGCAGACAAGAGAAAAAGCAAUAAUAUUCAACCAGAAAGCAUCAAAAAUGAAGUCAAAUUAAGGUCAGGGCAGAAAGUAUAUAAUGAAGAAGAGCAGGUCUUUCGCUGUCGUAAAAAACACGAGAUCAUCAAAAUCAAUGGAAAGAGGUGGUAUCCAUGUAAUAUAUGUAACCAUAAGUUUUCUAGCUCUUCAGACCUGACAAGGCAUAUGAGGAAGCACACUGGAGAAAGACCCUUUAAAUGUUCAGUUUGUUCAAAGUCAUUUAGACAAAGAGAAGCCCUUAAAAGACAUAUUGAAGUGCAUAAUGGUAAUAAGCCUUAUGCUUGUAAACUUUGUGAUUCAAGAUUUACUCAGAAGGUUCACUUAGAAAAUCACCAGACAGUUCAUAGUGAUGACAAACCAUAUAGAUGUGAACAGUGUGGCAAAGCAUUUUCUCGCCUUGGUUACUAUAAAUUUCAUAUUAACAUUCAUGCUUCAGAUCCCCCAUAUAAGUGUAAAAUAUGCUCUCGUGGUUUUAAUUCUUGUGGUAAUUUGACAAAACACAAGAAGAUUCAUGAUGAAGUCAAACACUAUAAAUGUCAGUACUGCCCAGCUGCCUUUUAUGUGUCUCAGAGUUUGAAGGUACACUCAAGAGUUCAUACAGGUGAGAAGCCUAUUCAGUGUCAAUUGUGUGGUAUAAGCUAUCGAUUUGAAAGCAGUUUGCGGAAGCAUGCUGCAUCAAAACAUCCAGAAUUUGAAGUUAAAGGUGUCAGUCUUAUACCUCGUUCAAAGAAAUAAAGUGUUUCACCUCUAAUAGGUGUUAAGGCUAUAUAUCAGUUGGCUUCAUUUGCUUAGGGCAUGGAGGAAUAUCUGAAUAUAUUUAUAUAUACAUAUAGAAUACAUUUUAUGUUAGACUGAUAAGGAUAUUGGAUGAAAACAUCCAACUGUCAUAAUAUUCUUACAACGUACAGGUAGAAGUGAUUUUCUAGUUUUUAGAUCUCUGACCAUUCAUUAUUAAUAUUUCUUCUUUUAAUAUCU